GGAAGUACGUCACUCUCGGUACUCCUCGGUCCUGCCUAUAGUACACAUGUAACUUAAAGCUAGCAAGUAGGCUAUACACCGUUUCUCGUUUCUUUUUAUUUCUACCUGCCAGCAUCAUGCAGUUAUGCACAGUAUGUAGCGAACAGACACCAAAAUACAGAUGUCCGGCCUGCAAAAUAAGAUACUGUUCACUUGACUGUUACAAGAGGCAUAAAGAUACUUGUCUUCCUGUUGAGAAGCCUGCAUCCAAUCAACCCAAAGCAGAGGAGGCUUUCAGCUCUGACUCGUGGAGUGUUGACGAUCUUCUGCAUGAAGAAGACAUCAUUGACAGAGUGCCUCUGCAGAGGCUCCAGUUGUUAGGUCAGUCUAAAGAGUUGAGAGAUCUCCUUUGCAACCCACAUCUGAGACAGUUACUGCGCUCCAUCGACAGCGCAGACAGUAAAGACGACGCCAUGAAGGCUGCCAUGCAGGAGCCUCUGUUUGUUGAAUUUUCAGAUCGUUGUUUGAAAAUUGUGGAAAAUGAAGCAAAAGGCUUAACAUCCUGUGAAGAUGAUUUGUAAAGUUGAGACUGUAUAAUUUUUUAAAAAUCGCUUUUUACGGUGAAGCAGGGCAGACAUACAUUUUUGUUACAUGGGUUUGUCCGCUGGCGCUGCAAGUUUUGAUGUUCUGCUACUUUGUAUAUAUAAUGUUCCAAUAAAUGUGUUGAACUGCA